AUGUCUGUUACUUUGGUCUGUUUGGUUAAAGGAAACUUGCCUGCAAAUGCUUUCACUGUUGAUAUUGAUAGUGGCAAGUUAGUGAGCCACCUAAAAAAAGUUAUCAAGGCUGAGCUUCACCCACAGUUCAAGCAUGUUACAGUCAAAGACAUCAAGCUGUGGAAGAUGGAAAUCCCAGCCAAUCGUGUUGACCUUAUUCAAGGACAACCUCAACUUUUACAAGAUAAUGACCAGUUAAAGGCAACAGACUAUAUCGAUAAUUACUGGACUCUCACCCCAAAAAGAAGGCACAUCCAUGUAAUUGUUGAGGCCCCUACUGAUGAUUUGGGAAGUAUAAUGAAAAUUAUCAAUCAACUGAGAACAACUUUAGGUGAUGUAUAUGAAUUGUCAGCACGUUCCAAAGUAUCAAAAGUCCAAGGUCCACAUUACACUUCGAAAUUUGAAAUUGUUGAUCUUAAUGGAUUGGUGAGGCUUGCAUUACUGCGAAAAGUACUUCCAUCUGAAAAUCCAGUGUAUUCCUCUCAGGCAUUUGUUUCGUCAUAUCAG